AUGAAUUAUAAGGAGAUAUUUUCAGAUCCCUUAGAUUUUCCUACUAAUAAAAUGCAUGUUGAAGACAGAGAAUUACCCUCCGUGACUAACGAAUUAUCAGUGACUUUACGAUUAAACGUUCAGAGACUUGAUACAAAUUGGCAGACUAUCUUUCAAAAAGGCGAUAAUACUACUCGGACUCCCAGUAUUUGGAUAUGGCCAAACACUACAAAACUUCACCCUCGAUUCUCGACAAAUGAUGAAUGGAAUAUUGGAAUUGAAGAAAUCUCCAUUGGUCUUGAAUUAAAUAAAUGGUAUCAUUUAGGCUAUACACUUUCAGAACCUCGUAAACGCAUGGAUAUCUAUUUAAAUGGAAAAUGGGUUGGAUCCAAGAGCAUUGAACAUGUUCAUAAGGAACAUGUUAUAUUCAACAAACACCCAUUACAUAUUGGAUGUGAAGCGGAUGAAGCGGGUGAUGCAGUUUUUGCGGGGAAAAUGAGCAAUUUUCGUUAUUAUAAUCGCCGUUUAUCUGCUGAUGAAAUUCUUGAAAUUCUUAUUGAAACAUACCAAUAA